UUUGGAAAGUCAAGAGUCAAACUUCAAGCAGUGUGUUGGCAAGUGGCAAGUAAAUUUGGAUUCGAACUUGUAAAUAAACAAUGGUGAAACUGUUUUAUGUUCCAUAAUUAUUUUCUUCAGUUCCUGUUGCAAUUAAAAACCUUAUUAUGUCUUGGCUAAAUUUGAACGAAGGUUUCAAUAGUCUAAAAGGACAACUUACAAAUUUUGCCAGCAAUGUUUUGGCUGAUGAUGAUAAUGAAGGAACUGCUGAACAUAAUUACGAUUAUGAUAAAUUAAAACAUCUCUGUGCCGAGCAGGAGUUACAAAUACAAAACUUGAAACGAAUCAAUGAAGAGCUGAAACAGCAUAAAGUAAGUAAUUCAGCAAUAUCUCAAAAAUCAAAGGGAAGAAAAAUUGCUUCAUUAUUUGAAGGUUAUCCCAUCUCACUUGACAAAAAUUACAUUGUGAAAAAAUAUUUUGAAACAUUUGGAAGAAACUCAAAGGUUGCAGUUUAGCAUCCCUGGCAUAUGAAAAUAAAACUCAAAAAAUUAUGAAAUUUGGUCAAGUAUGAUUCUUUUGAGAGUCAUGCUUGUUGAUUCAAACGACUAAGACUUUGAGUAUAGAAAACUCAUGAUAUAUAUGAAUUACUAGUUAUCAGUAGUAGAUUAUGGGAAA